CGGGGACAGUCAGCGGGGGUCUGCGACCACGUGCGAACCCUACCCUCCCAGACCUGGACGGGGUCACUUUGCAGGGGCAGGUUGCCCCAGGGGGGGCACGGCCGCAGCCGAGCCCAUGCUGGACCCGAGGUGCGCGUCCUCCUUCUCCCUGCCCUCCAAGACGGCCGUGGACGCCGUGCCGAGGGAUGCCGCUCGGAAGCUGUUCGCCGCGCCCCAGACGGGCGCCAUGACGGUCACCGGGAAGCCGCCCGCGACAGAGAACAUGCGCUGUGUCUACCAAAUUGGCGUUGCCAAGUCCAGGUACAUGCCGGUGCUGAUCACCGCCUCGUCGCCGAUCGGCAGCUCCACGUCGAGGCAGUUGCACCCGCCUUUGAAGACCAUAGACUUCCUCGAAAACAAGGAGUUGAACAAGAUUGUGGGGGACAGCUCUAAAAGCGGCCGCUUGAAGCAGCCGGACGUGCGGCGGUCCGAGGGAACCGCGUACUCGAACAACUUCCAGGGUCACACGGGCAGGCGCCUCGAAGAGGCCGCGCGCCCGCUGGUGGGCCCGGAGGCGCAGGGCGCGUUCUCCUCCUCCCUGGCGGGCCUGGUGGCCCCAGGGGUGACCUCGUUCCCCAUGACGACCUCCCUGGACCACUUCGGCGCCCCCUACAGGGUGCUCGAGGCAGCAAACCAGGGGAGCUCGCAGAUGUGGCGGCCGCAGACGCAGCUCAUGACGCAGGCGCAGUCGCAGUCGCUGCCGGCCAUCCACCAGCCAUCGCGCGCUGGCCAGGAGGACUGCCAGAGCUCUGGCGGGCCGCCGCGGGCGCCCCGGGGCUGGCGCGGCGAGGCCUUGCCGGGGCUGGAGCUGGGGCACCACGUGCAAGGUGCGAGCGCCAUGCCGGGCAUGCGCUGGCCCAGGCAUGGCAACUUCAAGGAGAGGUAGAUCGGCAUUGUCACUCGCCCGUGAUGCGGCCUGGCAGUUUUUUGUCACAUGUUGUCUUGCCCUAUGAUGAUCGGGGGACUGGCUCCUCUGUUGGGAACUACAAGUUAUGUAUUGGCGCUAGUCUGAAGGACCAGUGCCAGAGCAUGUUCCAAUUUUUAGCGCUUGUCUGAAGGACUAUUGUCAGAGUACGUUCGCUUGUUCGUUGCGCUAUGAUGGGGAAGCGCUGGGAAGCUUUCCGCGGGAACCUCCGGGGAGGUCCCGCCGCCUCCCAGGAAGCCCCCCUUCUCUCUUAGCCGACCGCCCCCCUCGCCCCGCCUCCUCCUGCGCGCCUUCAGAAGGGGGACCAAAACAACAUGUUCGUUGUGGUCCAGGUGCGCGCGCCCGAGCGACGCGGGAAAACAAGUUCGCAUUCACCCCGCUAUGUCAUCUCGCGUAAAAUCCUUUUUGUUUGCGUCGCCCAGGUGGCGACCUUUGAAGUGACAGCGUGGCUUAGCGGUGCUUGCAGGCAUAGAAGCAGGGCGCAUGUGAUCCCAUAGAUGCGGCAUGUUCGGGCCCGCCGGCGCGCUGCUGCGGUGCACGGUGUGGUGGCCCGACCGCGCAGCAUAAGCUGACAGUGGCCCAGCGUUCCGCCUCGCGCGAGGAGUAUUCGUCUCGAAG